AUGACGACCCCGACCCUUGCCAGGGACCCGAAGGUCGACUCUCUCGGUAUCAACGCAUCUCGCGAAGACGCCCUCACCUUGGUCGCGUCUGACUCCAAAGCUCCUAGCAUGAACAGCUCGAAGCGCGACCUCGAUAAGCUUUCCACCGCCGGCGAUGCGGAGCCGAUCGAGGAGAAGGUCGCCGAGACCGACCUCGAGAAGCAGGACGGCGCUGCCGAGUCCACCGAGCCCGCCGCCGGGGGCAACGGCAUCCCGCAAGACGGUGUCCUGCAUGGCUGGAAGAUGGUCCUCGUCUUCAGCGCCCUCAUGCUUGUCGUCUUCAUGUUCGCCCUUGACCAGUCCAUCGUCGCCACUGCCAUUCCCGUCGUCGCCUCUCAGUUCCAGGCCUUCGCCGAGGUGCCAUGGCUCAUCACUGCGUACUUCCUGACGCAGUGUGGUUUCAUUCUCCUCGCCGGCCAGCUGCUCACGAUCCUCAAAGCGAAGUGGGUUCUCCUCGGAGCGAUUUUCGUGUUCGAACUCGGCUCCCUCCUCUGUGCCGUUUCGAACAGCAUGAAGAUGCUCAUUGCGUCUCGUGCAAUCCAGGGUCUCGGUGCCGCCGCGCUGUUCGUCAGUAUCAUUGCGAUCAUCGCCGUCAUCACCUCCGUCGAGCGCCGUGCGUUCUACUUCUCCUUCUUCGGUCUCGCCUUCGUCGUCUCCUCCGUCAUCGGUCCCCUCCUCGGUGGUGUCUUCACCGAGCGCCUCACCUGGCGCUGGUGCUUCUGGAUCAACCUUCCCGUCGGUGGUGCCGCUGCCGCCGCCGUGUUCGUCUUCCUUCCCGCUCGCGACCCCGGCAUGAAGCGCUCGGACGGCCGCACCGGCUGGCGCGCCCUCGUCAAGAUGGACUGGAUCGGUUCCGCCCUCGUCAUCCUUUUCAUCACUUGCUGGCUCCUCGCUCUCCAGUGGGGUGGCAACAACUACGCCUGGAGCAACUGGCGCAUUCCGGUCCUCUUCGUCUUCGCCAUUCUGCUCACUGCCGCCUUCUUCAUCUGGGAGAACUGGUACGGCGAGUACGCCCUCAUGCCCAAGGACAUCCUCCGCAACCGCACCGUCAUCUCAGCCUCGGGUGCCGUCUUCAUGACCAUGCUCGCUAUGCUCGGCGGUACCUACCAGCUUCCUCUCUUCUACCAGGCUGGCCGCGCCCAGUCGCCUCAAGAGAGUGGUAUCUCGGUCAUUCCGUUCAUGCUCCUCACCUGUGCCGGUAUCAUGAUUGCCGGUGGCUUCGUCACCAAGUUCGGCCGCUACUACCCCUUCAUCCUCAUCGGCCCUCCCAUCGCCAUCAUCGGCUUCGCGCUCCUCUACACCGUCCGCGUUUCGACCCCCAACGCCCGUAUCAUUGGCUUCCAGGUCCUCGCCGGCUUCGGUAUCGGUCUCUCUUUCCAGAACAUCAUCCUCUCCGUCCAGGCCGAGUACGCAAAGACCCCCGAACUCAUCCCUCUCGCGUCCGGCACGGUCUCCUUUUUUCAGCUUACGGGGGCAGCCAUUGGAAUGGGCAUCGUGAACACUGUUCAGUCUGUCUAUCUGAAUAAGUAUCUGAAGUCGUACGCGCCCGAUGCGCCGUUCGACCUGGUGCGUCAGUCGACGUCUGCGAUCUACGAGUCGGUCCCGCCCGGCCCCGUUCGCGACGAGGUUAUCCGCGCGUACGUCGACGCGAUCUCCAAGUCCUACAUCCCCAUCUACAUUGCCCUCGCGCUCGCGCUCGUCUUCGGCAUCUUCAUUCGCAACCACAACAUGCUCAAGCUCAACGUCACUCCCGGCAUGGCGGCUUAA